GAAAAAGAAAGAAAGAAAAGAAAAGAAAAGAAAAGAAAAACAAGGAUGCAAGUCUGUCCAGUCUCCCCCUCGGAAUAAUGCCAAAUGGACGCUGAGCCGAGCCCCUCACCCCCCCACCAACUGCUAUGGAGGCAUGCCAAGCCAUGCAAGUGACCUUUAUCACACCAUGAAUGCGAGCUCCACCGUUCAAAGAGGACACAAGUAACCUUUUCUUGUUAUCUAAGAAGGAGCUGCUGAUCUGAAUAGAGGAGCUGGAAACGAGAGGCCGUGAGAGAAGAGUCUCGUUCAGCAAACAAACAAACAGACAAACAAACACAACACACGGCCACAGGAUGCCAAAGCGGUCUGAGGAGAUGCUCAUGGAUCUGUGGAUGUCCUUGCUGCUGGUGUGGAUUACUUGUAUUCCCUGCGUCUCUAUGACUCCUAUCAUAGGCCAGUCCAAAAGUACACAAACUGGUGGGUCCACAGUGGUGGCGAGCGGUCUUGGCGAAGGACAAAGAUUACUGAGCCGCGCCAAGAGAGGAUGGGUUUGGAAUCAAAUGUUUGUGCUGGAGGAAUUUUCUGGACCCGAUCCAAUUCUAGUUGGCAGGUUACACACAGACUUGGAUGUGGGUGGCAAGAACAUCAAGUACGUCCUAGCAGGUGAGGGGGCAGGCACCAUCUUCGCCAUCAACGAACUAACAGGCGACAUCCAUGCCAUGAAGAGGCUGGACCGCGAGGAGAAAGCAGAGUACACACUAACAGCCCAGGUUGUUAAUGCUGACACAGACGAGCCCUUGGAGCCUCCAUCCGAGUUCAUCAUCAAAGUCCAGGACAUUAAUGACAAUCCACCGCAGUUCAUUGAAGGCCCGUACCGAGCCUCUGUUCCAGAGAUGUCUGCUGUUGGUACCCCAGUUACUCGGGUGACAGCUACAGAUGCUGAUGAUCCAGUGUACGGGAACAGUGCUAAACUAGUCUACAGCAUACUGGAGGGGCAACCAUAUUUCUCCAUAGACCCCAACUCAGCGACCAUAAAAGUUGCUCUCCACGGGAUGGAUCGGGAGAUGAGGGAGGAGUACCUGGUGGUCAUUCAGGCUAAGGACAUGGGAGGUCACAUGGGGGGCUUGUCCGGAACCACGACUGUCACCGUCACGCUAACGGACGUUAACGACAAUCCGCCAAAGUUCUCCAAAAGUUUGUACGAGUUUGUAAUUCCUGAGGACCUGCCGAUAGGGAAAAUGGGCGGCAAGGUGAAAGCUAAUGACCGAGACAUUGGCGAGAAUUCCAAGUCUACAUACAGCAUUGUGGAGGGAGAUGAGCAAGGCAUGUUCGAGAUUUUCACGGACACACAGGCGCAGGAAGGAAUUCUUCGCCUGAAAAAGCCUCUAGACUUCGAGAGCAAGAGGGCCUUCACCUUGAAGGUUGAAGCCACCAACGUCCGCUCCGAGCCCAGCAGCGGCGGGCCCUUCAAGGAUUCAGCUACAGUUAAGGUUGUGGUUGACGAUUCCGACGAACCUCCUAUUUUCUCCAAACCGAUGUACUUAUUGGAAGUGAAUGAGAAUGCCCCCAUCAACACGGUCAUAGGGUCGGUCACCGCCAGAGAUCCAGACUCUUCUUCCAGUGUCGUCAGGUACUUUAUCGAUCGGCACACGGACCUGGAGAGGCAGUUCAACAUCAACGUGGACGAUGGGAAGAUCACUCUGGCCAAACCGCUUGAUCGGGAGACGGACAUGUGGCACAACAUCACAGUAACCGCCACAGAAGUCAGAAACCACAGUCAGAUAUCGCGUGCGAUUGUGGCCAUCAGAGUAAUGGACAUUAACGACAAUGCCCCUGAAUUUGCCACCGAAUAUGAAGCCUUCCUGUGUGAAAAUGGAAAACCUGGACAGGUGAUCCAGACUGUCAGCGCCGUGGACAAAGACGACCCCAUCCAGGGACACUACUUUGACUACCGUCUCGUCCCAGAGAUGCUCAACAACCCCAAUUUCACUAUCAAAAACAACCAAGACAAUUCAAUCAGCGUUCUAGCCAAGCAUGAUACCUUCCGACGACAGAAACAGGAAAUGUACUUCCUGCCAAUCAUUGUGACGGACAAUGGGAAUCCACCGAUGAGCAGCACCAACACCUUGACCAUCCGAGUCUGCGGGUGCAGUAAAGACGGCAUCGUCCAGUCCUGCAACGUGGAGGCCUACGUCCUACCCAUUGGCCUCAGUAUGGGAGCUCUCAUUGCCAUCCUGGCCUGUAUUAUACUGCUGUUAGUAAUAGUAGUCCUAUUUGUGACCCUGAGGAGACACAAAAAUGAGCCCCUGAUCAUAAAGGACGACGAAGAUGUGAGGGAGAAUAUCAUUCGGUAUGAUGACGAAGGAGGUGGCGAGGAGGACACAGAGGCUUUUGACAUUGCAACGCUGCAGAAUCCGGAUGGCAUCAACGGUUACCUGCCAAGGAAGGACAUCAAGCCCGACCUGCAGUUCAUGCCCCGUGCAGGCCAGCACUCGGGUCCGAACGGCGUAGACGUGGAUGAAUUCAUCAACGUGCGACUCCAUGAAGCAGACAAUGAUCCCACGGCGCCGCCUUACGACUCCAUCCAGAUCUAUGGGUACGAGGGCCGGGGGUCCAUUGCCGGCUCGCUUAGCUCACUGGAGACGGCGUCCUCAGACUCGGACCAGAACUAUGACUAUCUCAGAGAGUGGGGCCCACGCUUCAGAAGACUUGGGGAGCUCUACUCUGUGGGCGAGAGUGACCGCGAGACCUGACCUUUGGUUUGUUAGAAAAAAAGACCUUUCUGAUUUUCUUUUUCUGUCCACAUACUUGUGUAUUAAACGCUAGGGGGUUGCUGGCUUUUAGAAACUGGUGUUUAAAAAUAAAAAAUAAAAACAGUUAAUAACAAGGGAGGCCACCUUUUUGUAUUCUUCUUAGAGUGAGGUAUAGCAGUCGUCAUCCACUACGUCAAGCGCAUUGUAAUUGUUGAGCCAAACAAUGUCUUUAUUAGGAGAUCUAUGAUUCUUGUGGAGUGUAUCUUAGAUUCCGUUGUGGAGUGUCUAGCAGUAUUUUGGGUGUUAGUCAUUUGCUGUGACUGCCAGUAGCAGAAAAAACCCUGGGAUUGCUGGUAGUUGCCCGAUGAAAGGAAGUGAUAAUGAUGAUUAUCGCUGGGUUCUCUGAAGCUUGAGUGGACACCAUACUCCAUGUUCCAUGGACAGCCAGCUGGACCUCAGAAGCUGCACAGGGACCUUUGUUUCUUGUCUCCCAAAGCCACCCAGCUGAUCGGCGAUCUGAAACGAAACAAAAAUGAAAAAGCAAUAUAUGGUCUACAUUACAAUGAUGAAUGUAUGUAUGAUUUGAAAAAAAAAAAAAAAAAAAAAAGCAAAAAAG